AUGAUCCAGCUGAAGACUCUCGUCAACUGCAUCGACAACUCGGGCGCCGCCAUCGUCGAGUGCGUCAAUGUCCUGCGAUCGAAGCGCCCGGCCAAAGUCGGCGACCGCAUCGUCGUCGUCGUCAAGAAGCAACGCAACUUCGGCCCCGAGACGGGCAAGAGCGUGUCGGUCAGCGCGGCGAACAAGGUGCGGAGAGGAGACGUGCGCCACGCCGUCGUCGUGCGCACCGCGAAGAAGUGGCAGCGCCCGGACGGCAGCGUCGUCAAGUUCGACGACAACGCCUGCGUGCUGAUCAACAAGGCCGGCGAGCCCAUCGGGUCGAGAGUCAGCGGCGUGGUGGCCGCCGAGCUGAGGCACAAGCAGUGGUCGAAGAUCCUGUCGCUGGCGCCCAUGCACGUCUAA